AUGGUUUAUAUUUUGGGAACAAAUUCUAUUAAUAAUCUUUUGGCUACUUCAUUAGUGCCGGUUUUGAAAACAGGUGUGGUGCUAUUAUUCGGCAAAGAAUUUAUUUAUAACAGUUUUCGAGAGAGCCAAUCAACGAUUACUAUGAAUUCUAAAAAUUAUAAGUUUGAUAAUUGUUUUGUUUAUAAUAAAUUGAGUGAGAUUGAAAAAUUUAAUAAAAAGCGGUAUAAAAAAGCCACAAUUGACAAUAUUAUCAUUUCUGGGACCGAUUCCCAAAUAAGUGAAUAUUUAAAUUAUUACAAAUCGUUUUUAAAUAAUGAAUCUAAUGUCUUUUUGGUUAGAAGUGGAUUAGGGAUUGAUAGUAUUUUAGCGAUUCAUCAGAUAUUCAUUAAAGAAAAGAGUCCAUUACCAAAUUUUUAUCAUGUAACAACAAAUCAUCUUAUUGAAAAAACCGAAGAAAGUGAUCAUUCAUACCAACAUGUUGGUAUUGGCCAUUUAAAAUUAUCAAAGAUUCCUAAUAAGUAUUUUAAUAUUGUUUUUAAAACAUUUUUCAAGUCCAAGACAAUUGGGGUGGAUAGUUAUAAUUUGGGAAUACAAAAGAAAACAACUGGCACAAUUGAUAACGUGCAUAAAGAAAAUCAAAUUCUUACAAAAGACCUCAAACCAUUUUUUAAUCUGGAGGAUAGUGAUGAAAAAGAAGACAGUAUAAUCAAUGGUAGUAGUGGCAGUAAUGGAGAUAAUUCCAAUGAAAAUGUAUUAGAAGAUUUGAAAAAAACCAAUUUAAAGCCAAUAUACUUGGAAAAUUAUUAUGAGUUUGCUGGCUCGAUGUUGGAAAAAUUAAUAAUAAGUUCUAUAAUCGAGCCCUUAUCGGUGUUAAUAAAUUGCACUAACGGAGAAUUAUUGGGCAAUAAUUAUGCCAUUAGUCUAAUACAUCAAUUAUUGAGUGAGGAUUUAUUACUUUUAGAGAAAGGAGGUGAAUUAUUUCGUUCAGAAAUUCCCAAUUAUUCAAAUAUAUUUAACCAUGAACGAAUUUUUUACGUUAUUAUGAGUAUUUUAAAUUCCAAUAAAUAUGGAUCAACCAAUAUGCGUAAAAAUUUUAAUCAAACAGAAUUCGUUGAUAUUGAUCAGCUAAAUGGAAUAUUUAUUCGAAUCUUGGGUACAAAACACGCUCCAAAAAAUGAAAUGGUAUUGAAGCUAUUGAAAAGUAAAAUGAAUGUUACAAAAUAUAGGAAAUAA